GAGUCCUUGAGCUUCAGUCAAUGUGAACGCUGCUAUCUUAGAGGACUGAUCAUUCUUGGACUAUACAAGCAACUGGACUUUCAAGUGUCAGCAGGAAAGGCAGAGGAGCCUGGAGAAGAUAUUACGGCAAGACCUUCACGAAGAUUUACCCUGCCGACAUUGCCAUCAUGUCAUCGGUACAAGUCAUCUACCAUCAGAAAAUCCACAAUUACCUCCUGAAUUCGGUAUUCCCCAAAGAUGAUCUUCCAGCUGUAAAAGAACCAUUUGAGAACUGCUAUCAGGUGGGCCCAGUUAUCGGCACCGGGGGAUUUGGCACAGUCUAUUCUGGAGUCAGGCUGGAAGACAAAUUACCUGUUGCAAUCAAACAUGUGUCAAGGGACAGGAUUGGAGAAAUGAAGCACAUGAACGGAACCUUGGUUCCUCUGGAAAUCUACCUUCUAAAGAAAGUGUCCACUGGCUGCCGAGGAGUGAUCCGUCUCCUGGAUUGGUACGAGAGGCCGGAUGGCUUUAUAAUAAUCAUGGAGCGACCAGAGCCCGUACAGGAUCUGUUCGACUUCAUCACAGAACGAGGGGCCCUUGGUGAAGAACUUGCAGCCAACUUCUUCCGUCAGGUGGUGGAGGCUGUACGGCACUGCCAUGCCUGCGACGUGGUUCACAGAGAUAUCAAAGAUGAGAACAUUCUUGUAGACCUCAGGACUGCUGAACUGAAGCUGAUAGAUUUUGGCUCCGGUGCCUUGCUACGGGAUGCUGUUUACACUGACUUUGACGGUACACGUGUCUAUAGUCCGCCAGAGUGGAUUCGGUUCCACAGGUAUCAUGGACGAUCUGCUACAGUGUGGUCCCUUGGUAUCUUGCUGUAUGAUAUGGUCUGUGGUGACAUCCCCUUUGAACAUGAUGAAGAAAUUCUCAAGGGAAAGAUCCAGUAUCGCUGCAGGGUUUCAAGAGAUUGCCAGAACUUGAUCGAGUGGUGUUUGUCUAAGAGACCCUCAGACAGACCAUCUCUUGAGCAGAUUUUGGCCCAUUCUUGGCUUUCCCAGGAAAAUCUUUUAGACCAAAAGGACAAUAAAGUGUCUAGGAAAUUGGACCAAGAAUCAACAAGCACGAAGCAGGAGAGCCUCUAAUUUCAUACAGAGACGCUCAUGAAGCGAGACCGGAAGGAUCUGCCGCAGUCCCGGUUGUGAAUGGGCUGGCGUGGGCUUGUGCAUCCAGUCUACAAGCUUGGAUUCCCGAUGGGAUAGAAGGAGCUGUCCCACCAGUGUGUGAUAUACCUCGUUGGGGGUCUUAAGAAGGGACUUAAUUUCUUUUCAUACCUAGAAAAUGUGGUGACCUCAGACCGUGGACUUAUUCCAGAGACCUCUCACUUUCCCAAUCGACUUUACAGGAAGAGUGUGAGCUUUAUAGUGGGAUGGGGGGCCAGGUAGCCCUGGAAGCCGUUGUGCAGGGUUUUUACUAGCAAGACUAUUCUGCUUCUUGCUCCUCUAGUUAUCCGCUGUAUUGGGGUUGAGUAGCUGCAGUUUACACUUGACAUCAUAAAUGUGUAUGUUUUGAGUGUGCAUUCAACUGGAUUGACACUAAUUUUAUACAUGGACCAAGCAAUAGCAGAUAUCAGCGACCAGACUUCAGCCAUCCCCAGCUCUAUUGGCUGUAAAACCAGACCGGGUCCUUUUCAUCUUCAACAGCCAAGUACAUUGCAGAAGAGGUCUUAAGGUUUAGUGGAUGCUCUUUAAAGCUCAACCAGAAUUGGGUUAGGCAGCAGAGUGGUAAUACCAACAUCAUGUAAAGAGUUAAUGCCAUUUCUGGCUGCAUGUAAGCCAAGCCGUGUACCCUGCAUAACUUUUUUAAUCAAAUUAUCACAAUCAUCGAAUAGUGAUACAUUUUGUUUAGAAGGGGCCAGGAUCUUCUAAAAAAAAAAAAAAAAUCACAAUUUAAUGCCAUGUCCAGUAGUUGAAUUUUCUUUUACCCUUAUUAGAGCGCAAAUAACAUUCUUUCUGUUGUAAAAGGGGACCAGCACCAUUACAUGGUAGUAAAGGGGUUAACGUAAAGGAUAAAACAGUCUUGCGCUAUUGGUUUUUACUAGCUGACUGCUUCUCAUACCUGUAACCCCCAGACGCAACAGAACAACCUUGGUCUGUUGCAUAGGAGUGACUGCAAAUCCAGUAGCUGGUUCAGUGAUGGUAUAAAUGCAAUCAAAUUAUUUUUUAUUUCAUUUUUUUUUAACUAUUUCAGAGCCUUAAAGUGUACCUUAAUGUUGACAUAACUCCUCGGUUGGGGUCUCCGCAGAGCGCUGUGUCCCUUCAUCUCUGCUCAGCUUUCUAACAUGUUAGCUGGUAUAUAAAUGUUUGGGUACACUUUUUUUUUUUUUAAACACAUCCAUGUCACUGAAUAUGAAAUGUAUUUUUUCCUUGUAGUUCUGAUCCAGAACCUUGUACUGUCUUUAAGAUUUGAAGCUAAAUAUAACAUCAGAUGUGGAUAAAUUGCCCUUUAUAAGAGUCACAUGUUUAGCACAUCAGACUUCCCCCUCCUUUUUGUGGCAUAGUUCAUGUAUGAUACUUCAUAAAAGGUAGUAGCCAGUAAGGUUUGUAAGUAUUGCAUUAAUUUGCUAUUAAUAUCAUGCCUUGUUCCUGUGGGCUAAUCCAGCCACUUGAAAUGGGAGGUGAUGUAAAUAGGGAUCAGUAUGCUGCUGCUGCAUGGUAAGGUGGAGGCGAGUUUACAAUUGUUAGUCCUCCAAAACGUAAAAGAUAUAACUUGCUCCUUAAAAAGAGCCUUUAGGCUGGAAUUCCAUUGAUUUUUUUUUUUUUGCAAAAACGCCGUAAUAAACGUCAAUUUUCCCGCACUGCGUUUUUUGAGCGAAAAAACGCCGCGUCCAGAUGUUAGCUGCAUGUCAAUAGUAAACUGCAAAAUGCUAGAUCAACUUGGCGUUUUUUAGUUUGGUGUUUUUUUUUUUUUUUUUUUUUUUUUAAAUCCUCUUGGCGUUUUUCAGCAAUUUUGGGCUCAGGCUGGUUUUUCAAAAUGCCCAACAAAACCUAGUUUGGUGGUUUUUAUUCUUCUUUUGGACUUUUGCGAUCCAAAAAAGUGAUGGAGAUAGAGAGAUGUGUAUGUAUAUAUGUGUAUAUAUAUUAUAUUUAACAUUUUGUUAUAAAAAAAAAAUGAAAUACAUUUUUUUUUUUUUUUU